UAUAUACACACAAUUGAUACAAUAGUGAAUGACCAUAUUAGAGCCACCUCCUCGACCUAAUAAAAGUAAAUUGAGAACAUUACGUCCAGAUGGUCUUUCUCUAAGUCCCUUCGUGACGCCAACAACCUCUCCAACAGAAGUAGCCGAGGAAGAUUAUUUCUCUCUUGUAACUUCAUCUUCGCUUGAUGAAAGAACAGCACUACAUCCUACAGCAACUUCAUCACAUAUCUUACGAGAACAGCCCAAGUAUAGGAGUAGAUUUACAGAGCAUUUUGAUGAUCAUAGUAGAGACAUCAUUGAAGAAGAAUUUGCUGGACUCUUUUCCCUAAUACAACCUAGUUCUCCACGUCCACCCAAGUCUGAACAGGUGAAACAGUCAAAGAGUCUUGCUGUCAUUUCUGAAAACUCUGCAAAAUCAGACAUAGUACCAAAGAAGGCCUUGGUUAAAUCCUCAAGUACAAAUACAGUUACUGUUUCUUCGACUGAACUCGCCAACACAACAUCAGUAUACGCAAGAAAGAAUUCUCAGCCAGCACCUUCCUUGUCCACACCACUACAAUCAUCCAAGGGCAUUCCGAGCCCAAGGAAAUUUGGUAGCAGUGGAUCCAUAUUGAACGCAUCUAGUAUACCUGUAGCAGACUCUCUGCAUUCUAGUAUGUCAGAACAGUCGGAUUCAUUGGUAUCCAAUAUAGCAACCAAGCUGAAUAGAGCAGACGUGAUUGUUGAACGCUUAGAAAGCUGGAAUGACUUUUUAAAAUCCAUUACUGGAUGGCUCGAAGAGAUUGCAAAGAUAAACAUGCAAAGUGGUCGAGGAUACUUGCAAAGAGCAGGAUCAUACCUGAAUAUGAACACGGAGGAUAGUGAAUCCGUUCGAUCUCUUCAAAGCGGGCUUCAGGCACUUGUGAACAAAUUAUCAUCUGAGCAGCAGGAUCUCUCAAGCACGAUCCAUCGAGAUCAUUUACCAGGCAUCUAUAAGCUUCGAAAGGAAUGCAAAGAAAAGAUACAAAGACUCAAAGCAGACACUUCUUUAUCUAUGGACGAAUUAUAUCGACGAGCUGAAGUAACAAGAAGCAAGAUGAAUUAUUUAAAUCGAUGUUGUAAGCAAGCAGAACGAAUGAAGGGACAAAUCGAAAUGGACCCUUGGUUAGCCAAUCUCCACGUCCUUCGACAAUUGAAGAGAGAAGUAGAUGAGGAAAAUCGAUUGAGACUUUUGAUGAUACCCAUUCAAAAUGAAACAAAAGAAUUUGAGCAAAGACUAUUUCAACUCGUCAAACCAGCUAUUGAUUACUGCUGUAAAGCGCUCGCAAAGGAGUCUAUAGUGAUGAUUUCACCAGAACAGGAAUGGAGCCAGUUCUGCAAGAUGCAUCAAAAGGAACUAGUUGAUGAGCAACAUCCGAUCAAGAACUACUUGAAGAUAAAUUAUUCAAACAAGUUUCAUCCCUUUGUUAUGACUUUAAUCAAGGGUCCAAUGAAACGACGUGUUGGUGUUCGAAAGCAAUUCAUUGAACGGUACUAUGUACUUAGUCAAGGAGGAUACCUUCACCAAUUCACUAUGGACAAUAAAGUGUCACCAGAGAAAACGAUCUAUAUACCCUCGGUUACCGUCGUUCCUUCGAUUGAUCUAUCCUCAGCCCUGUAUCAACAUUACAGUGAGGAUAGCUAUACAUUUGAAAUUUGCAGACCAGGCACAAAUGUUCUCCAAAAGGACAAGGUGUCGGUGUUUCGUACGACAACCAAACAGGAAUUAAUCGACUGGUGCACAUGUCUCGUUCAAGUUGCUUCGGGAAACUUGCUUACGGAAACUAAUUCUAACAUAUCUCAUCCUUCUUCUCCCACUUACAGUGGAUGCUCGGUCAAAUCAAAUGAGUCAAUGCUUGAUCCAUCGACAGCACAAGGUAAUAGAAUAAGAAAAUCAAGUUUCCCUUCAAGGACUCCUUUGCAUUCCCCUUCUCCACUCCAUUCGUCUGGGUUAAAAAUCGCCAAUAAUGAUUCAUUCAUUAUUGAACCAUCCUCUGCUUUCUCUACUGAUUCUCAAAUUCAGGAGAGUGCUAUUCACUAUGAAGAAGAAGAAGAAGAUAGGAUCAGUAUUGCAAGCAACUCUACAGCCAAAGUGCCAUUAGAAAGUGAGUCACGAGAAAAUAAUGAUGAAGACGACCGCUUAGAUUCAAGUGAAAAUAUACAUGGUCAAGAACAAGAAGAAAACAAACAAAGAGAACCAUCUGUCAUUAGUACAAUUUUUGAUGAUGCUCAGUCAUCAGUGUACUUUUCAUCCACAUCAGCACCACCUUCUCCAGCUCUUUCAGCACAGUCAUCUGUUAUUUCUUUCCCGGGUCUCGGACCAUUGGAAGUAACUAGUGAACAAGUAGAAGUGUACAAACCAACAUUGUCGUUAAAUCUUGAAUCUGAGUGAUGAUUUAUACCUUGAUUAUAUAUAUAUUUUAUACGGAAUUGCAUAAUAAAAGAGAAAGCUUUCUCAAUGAUAUUUGUAUACACUUGGAGAUCAAGUUUUUUGUAGCUUUGAUACACAAAUAAAGUAAAUCUUAAUGUUUAGACGUGUGAAAUAUUAUGUAACAUAAU